AUAUACCCCACCUCCCCGAAUGUUUACGCCGUAAGGCAAGGUAGUGAAUGGUGUGUGGAUGAUGGCUUGAAGAGUGAUUGUGUGUAAAUGGGGUGACCGGCAGCAUGGAAAGGGCGUGGAAGUAUUUUAUUUUGUUAAUUUGGUUUUCAUAUUUACUAGUAACAGGAAUUUUGCUUUUCGGUCGCGGUUUUCUUCUUACCAGGGAAUCAUUAUUUCGGAAUGAUAGCACUAAACCUAGUACAAUUUGUGAUUUAUACGUUACAAAAGACAGAGUCGACAGUUUAAGUCACUCAAGCAAUGAGGAGACAUUCACGGACCAAUGCACUGCACAAUACGAAUCUAUUUCAGCAGUAAAUAGCUUUAAAGUUAUACUGAUUGUAAUCGACGCUUUAAAAUUUGAUUUCGUAUCCUACGAUGAGAACGCCCAGGAAACACCCUUUAAAAAUAAGCUGACUGUAAUACGUGAUUUAUUGAAGGAAAAACCCGAAAGAACCAGAUUGUACAAAUUUAUUGCUGAUCCACCGACAACAACAAUGCAGCGCCUUAAAGGGAUGACAACAGGCAGUUUGCCGACUUUCAUUGACAUAGGCUCUAAUUUUGCUACUCCAGAAAUCAAUGAGGACAAUAUCAUAGACCAACUGAAAAGGCACAAUAGGAGCAUCGUUUUCAUGGGAGAUGACACAUGGUCUGGGUUGUAUCCUGGCCGCUUCUUAAGAGAAUAUGCGUAUCCGUCAUUCAAUGUAUGGGAUCUGGAUACGGUUGACAGCGGUAUUCAGACACAUCUUUUGCCAGAAAUUAGAAAACAAGAUUGGCAUUUGAUAAUAUCGCAUUUCCUGGGUGUAGAUCAUUGUGGCCACAGAUAUGGACCACACCAUCCAGAAAUGGCAAGAAAGCUCAAGGAAAUGAAUCAUGUAAUAAGUGAUGUUGUUAACACUAUGGAUAAUAAUACAAUACUGCUUGUUGUUGGAGAUCAUGGAAUGACAAAUACAGGUAUGUGCCGAAACAUAACCUGGGAUUUUCAUCUUAAUAUUGUAAUCUACUCUACAAGCUGCAUGGGAAAAGAUUGGGAGCAAAUGAAUAAAUGGGCAGUAAAAAAGACAUAAUAAUUGAGCCUUUUG